UCUAAUACUUGUACCGAGUUGAAGGAGCACUAACGUCGCACAUCUUCCUGCGCAUGCGCCGUGCAGAGUACCAGAUGGCCCAAUCAGCUAUUUUAACACUCGACCAAAAAUGAGAAGGUGAUUUCGCGAAGAUGGCGACCGCUCUGGUGGUUUCAUCUUCUGUUCCUGCAAAUCCUGAAAAGGAAAAAUGUGCAACAACAAUUCAAAAGAUUGUGAAUCCCGAAGCAUACAUCAAGCAUCCUCUACAAAACAGGUGGGCUCUUUGGUUUUUCAAGAACGACAAAAGCAAAACGUGGCAAGCCAACCUUCGCCUCAUAGCUAAAUUUGACACUGUGGAAGACUUCUGGGCAUUAUACAAUCACAUUCAGCUAUCGAGUAACUUGAUGUCUGGCUGUGACUACUCGCUGUUUAAGGAUGGAGUCGAGCCCAUGUGGGAGGAUGAUCGGAACCGACGAGGCGGCCGCUGGCUGAUCACUCUGUCCAAACAGCAGCGCAGAGCGGACCUGGACCGGUUCUGGUUGGAGACGCUCCUGUGUCUUGUGGGCGAAGCUUUCGACGACCACAGCGACGACGUGUGCGGGGCGGUCAUCAACGUCCGAGCCAAGGGAGAUAAAAUAGCAAUAUGGACCACAGACUACGAAAACAAAGAUGCCAUUACGCACAUAGGGCGUGUAUAUAAAGAGAGAUUAGGAGUUCCACCAAAAGUGAUCAUUGGCUACCAGUCUCACGCUGACACGGCCACGAAGAGCGGCUCCACAACCAAGAACAAGUUCGUCGCCUGAGGACCGUUAACCAGAAUCAAAUUCUUGGUGGCAAAGAUUUCCUUUGUUUCUUUUUUUUUUUUUUUCCACGAAUGUUACUGACAAGUUUAUCCACCAACAAAUAUUUGAAAUGGAGAUGAGACUGCAUCUCCUUUCUUUGUCCAUUUGAAAACUUUACCAAACAGCUUUUGUUCAUGGUGCGAGUUUGUCAAGUGAAAUGUAGCACUUUAGUUUGAGAGCACUCUGAUCUUUGUGGUGGUGGGCGGAAGAUGGUUUUGUUUUUUGAUGCCCAGUUUUUCAUUUUGAAAAAGAACUACAUAUUUCUGGUGAUAUUUUUGAUUCAUCCUUUAUGUAUAUAGAUAAUUUGUGUUUACACUACAGGCCAAAGUCAAAUAAAAUAGCAGAUUUUUGUUAGUACUGUACAUACAACUCAGUUGAUUUACAGUGUAUAUGUAUGGAUUUAUUGUAUAUUUUUAACCAUGCAUUGGGUUUUAACCCACACCCUCUGAAAGUGAGCAGAAUUCCACAAAAAAAUAUGGAAACCAUAUUUUUGAAUUUCCAUUUUUCAUAGGAAAGAAAGAAGAGUCUGAAUAUUUUUGUCUCUUGAGAGCAGUUUUCACUUUGACAUUUAAAAAUCACUUAUUGAAAACAGGAGGUCUGAGUUUGAAUUCUUUAGUUUCUUGUCAAGCAGCUUGUUGAAACUGAGGAUGUUCAACGUUUUGAAGAGUGGAAUAUAUAUUUGGAAACUUCAUAAUGAGCAUCUUUUGAAUUUGAGUUCUUUGCAACCUGAGUAAAUAAGAAAAUUCAAACUAAAACUGACCAGGAACAUUAGUUGAUCCUGGAGCUGUUAUCAUACUUUGACGCCACUCAGUUAAAUAUCGUGAACUAUAAGCUCCAGAGCACUGGAGGCAUAUCACAUGACAACAGUAUGUCUGUGAUAAUCCUAAUAUUUAAAUAUUGUUUGUUUGUAAGCACACAAGCCACAUGACCUACGUUUACUCGUUUCGUUUUGGUAGUAUUCAUGAUCCACUGCUUUGAUAAAGUUUACAUGGUAUAAUUAUUUCCAUUCCCGGAUUUGUCUUUUUAUGUAACCUAAGCGAAAAGUUUCUUUAUUGCAGGGAUUGAUCUGUGCCUUGGAUGCAACACCCUGCCGCAUUUGUGAGCAGUUAAAUGUACAAAGGCUGUGAUGUAAAUAAACAUGUACGGUGGAUUGUGUUCUUUCUAAA